AUGUUGGGGACAUUGGGGACGUUGGGGACACGGCUCCGUGGGCUGCAACCCCGCAGGGAGGCCAAGGCGUGCGUGGUGCACGGCUCCGACCUGAAGGACAUGACGGCCGAGCAGCUGGAUGAGAUCCUGCGCAACCACACCGAGAUCGUCUUCGCCCGCACCUCCCCGCAGCAGAAGCUCAUCAUCGUCGAGGGCUGCCAGCGCCAGGGUGCCAUCGUGGCGGUGACGGGGGACGGCGUGAACGAUUCCCCGGCGCUGAAGAAGGCAGACAUCGGCAUCGCCAUGGGCAUCGCGGGCUCAGAUGUGUCCAAGCAGGCAGCAGACAUGAUCCUGCUGGACGACAACUUCGCCUCCAUCGUCACCGGCGUCGAGGAAGGGCGCCUCAUCUUCGACAACCUGAAGAAGUCCAUCGCCUACACGCUGACCAGCAACAUCCCCGAGAUCACGCCCUUCCUCCUCUUCAUCAUCGCCAACAUCCCGCUGCCCCUCGGCACCGUCACCAUCCUCUGCAUCGACCUGGGCACCGACAUGGUCCCCGCCAUCUCCCUGGCCUACGAAGCAGCUGAGAGUGACAUCAUGAAGCGGCAGCCGCGCAACCCCCGCACCGACAAACUGGUGAACGAGCGCCUCAUCAGCAUGGCCUACGGGCAGAUCGGGAUGAUCCAGGCGCUGGGCGGCUUCUUCACCUACUUUGUGAUCCUGGCUGAGAACGGCUUCCUGCCCGCACGGCUGCUGGGGGUGCGACUGGCCUGGGACGACCGCUCCACCAACGACCUGGAGGAUUCCUAUGGGCAGGAGUGGGUGAGCGCUGCUCUGCAAC